AUGGCGUUUGCUGAUAUGAGAGACGAGCUGACCUGCUCAAUCUGCACGGACAUUUAUACCGAUCCUGUAACCCUGCCAUGUGGACAUAGCUUCUGCCAGGUCUGUAUCACAAGAACAUGGGAGAACCAGGAGGAGAGAGAAUAUUCCUGUCCUGAAUGCAGACACAGACUUAGGAUAAGACCUGAGCUUCAAAGAAACCUGAGAAUGUGUAACUUGGCAAAGAGUUUCCGAUCUACUUACCUAGAGCUAGAGGAGGUUGGGAUCUCCUGUACUUACUGUGUUCACUUUCCUGUACCUGCUGCUAAAACAUGUCUGCUGUGUGAAGCUUUUCUGUGUGAAACCCACCUGGGGGUCCACAACAAGUCAGCAGAACAUGUCCUAACUAAACCCACCACAUCACUGGGGAACAGAAAAUGCUCAGUCCACAAGAAGGUCCUGGAAUUUUACUGCUCUGAGGAUUCUGUCUGUAUCUGUGUGUCCUGCAGGCUGGAUGGAGAGCACAAUGGACACCAGGUGGAAACUCUGACUGAGGCCUCUGAGAAGAAGAAGGAAAAACUGAGACAUAUUCUGGAGAAACUGACCUCAAAGAGAGAGGAGGCUAAUAAAAGAGUCCAGAGCCUGCAGGAGCUCAGGAGAGAAGUUCAAGAAAAAGCAUCUUUGGUAACAGAGGAAGUCACUGCGCUGAUUAGGGACAUCAGGGAACAGCUGGAAGCCCUAGAGAAGCAACUUCUGAGUGAGAUCUCCAGACAUGAAGAGCAGGUCUCACUCCAAGUCUCAGAUCUAAUCCUACAGCUUGAAAUAAAGAAGGAGGAUCUGUCCAGGAAGAUGGGUCACAUUGAGGAGCUGUGUAACAUGACGGACCCAUUAACUGUCUUACAAGAACAGGAAUCUGACAGCACUGACUAUUAUAAUACUGAGGAGAGAGAUAAUGAGGACAGAGAAGGUGAUGAUAAAAAGGUCCAUGCUGUAGGGAAUCUGGAUGUGGAUCUGAUCUCAGUGACCUUAAACUCAGGCUUAGCUGGAAUUGUGACCAGAGUAAAGAAACUGCACCUUGUACCAGAAGAUUCAGACACAUUACUGGUUGCAAACACUGCUUCAGACAUGUUAGUGUAUGUGUUAUUGGGUGUAAACACGGAUUCCGACAUUAUACUGGGUGUAAACAUGACUUCAGACAUGUUACUGGGUGUAAACAGGACUUCAGACAUGUUACUGGAUGUUAGCACGGCUGCUAAUAAUGUAGCUGUAUCAAGUGAUAUGAAAACUGUAUCCAGGUCAGAUAUAAAGCAGAGUCACCCAGAAACACCAGAGAGAUUUCAGUAUAAUCAGGUUUUAAGCUCCAGGAGUUUCUCCUCAGGGCGACAUUACUGGGAAGUGGAGUGUGGUAAAUCAUGGGGUUGGGUGGUAGGGAUGGCCUAUCGCAGUAUAGAAAAGAAAGGAGAUCAGUCAGUGAUUGGACAUAAUAACAAGUCCUGGGGUUUGGUGAGGUGGGAUAAUCAUCAGUAUUAUGUGAGACAUAACUGUAAAGGAAUAAAUUUACCUCACUACACUUCCUGUCAGAAAUUGCGGAUAUAUCUGGACUACGAGGCUGGGCGGCUGUCCUUUUAUGAGCUGUGUGACCCCAUCAGACACUUACACACCUUCACUGCCACCUUCACUGAGCCGCUUCAUGCUAUAUUCAGGGUAUAUGGGGGUAAUGCCUGGCUGAGAAUUUCAUCUUCCUCGUGUCAUCUCGUGGUUACGCCUUGCGUUCCACGUAAAAAUAACUUUAAUUCUCAUUUCCUGUUGCUGCUUUCAGUGAUGGCGUUUGCUGAUAUGAGAGACGAGCUGACCUGCUCAAUCUGCACGGACAUUUAUACCGAUCCUGUAACCCUGCCAUGUGGACAUAGCUUCUGCCAGGUCUGUAUCACAAGAACAUGGGAGAACCAGGAGGAGAGAGAAUAUUCCUGUCCUGAAUGCAGACACAGACUUAGGAUAAGACCUGAGCUUCAAAGAAACCUGAGAAUGUGUAACUUGGCAAAGAGUUUCCGAUCUACUUACCUAGAGCUAGAGGAGGUUGGGAUCUCCUGUACUUACUGUGUUCACUUUCCUGUACCUGCUGCUAAAACAUGUCUGCUGUGUGAAGCUUUUCUGUGUGAAACCCACCUGGGGGUCCACAACAAGUCAGCAGAACAUGUCCUAACUAAACCCACCACAUCACUGGGGAACAGAAAAUGCUCAGUCCACAAGAAGGUCCUGGAAUUUUACUGCUCUGAGGAUUCUGUCUGUAUCUGUGUGUCCUGCAGGCUGGAUGGAGAGCACAAUGGACACCAGGUGGAAACUCUGACUGAGGCCUCUGAGAAGAAGAAGGAAAAACUGAGACAUAUUCUGGAGAAACUGACCUCAAAGAGAGAGGAGGCUAAUAAAAGAGUCCAGAGCCUGCAGGAGCUCAGGAGAGAAGUUCAAGAAAAAGCAUCUUUGGUAACAGAGGAAGUCACUGCGCUGAUUAGGGACAUCAGGGAACAGCUGGAAGCCCUAGAGAAGCAACUUCUGAGUGAGAUCUCCAGACAUGAAGAGCAGGUCUCACUCCAAGUCUCAGAUCUAAUCCUACAGCUUGAAAUAAAGAAGGAGGAUCUGUCCAGGAAGAUGGGUCACAUUGAGGAGCUGUGUAACAUGACGGACCCAUUAACUGUCUUACAAGAACAGGAAUCUGACAGCACUGACUAUUAUAAUACUGAGGAGAGAGAUAAUGAGGACAGAGAAGGUGAUGAUAAAAAGGUCCAUGCUGUAGGGAAUCUGGAUGUGGAUCUGAUCUCAGUGACCUUAAACUCAGGCUUAGCUGGAAUUGUGACCAGAGUAAAGAAACUGCACCUUGUACCAGAAGAUUCAGACACAUUACUGGUUGCAAACACUGCUUCAGACAUGUUAGUGUAUGUGUUAUUGGGUGUAAACACGGAUUCCGACAUUAUACUGGGUGUAAACAUGACUUCAGACAUGUUACUGGGUGUAAACAGGACUUCAGACAUGUUACUGGAUGUUAGCACGGCUGCUAAUAAUGUAGCUGUAUCAAGUGAUAUGAAAACUGUAUCCAGGUCAGAUAUAAAGCAGAGUCGCCCAGAAACACCAGAGAGAUUUCAGUAUAAUCAGGUUUUAAGCUCCAGGAGUUUCUCCUCAGGGCGACAUUACUGGGAAGUGGAGUGUGGUAAAUCAUGGGGUUGGGUGGUAGGGAUGGCCUAUCGCAGUAUAGAAAAGAAAGGAGAUCAGUCAGUGAUUGGACAUAAUAACAAGUCCUGGGGUUUGGUGAGGUGGGAUAAUCAUCAGUAUUAUGUGAGACAUAACUGUAAAGGAAUAAAUUUACCUCACUACACUUCCUGUCAGAAAUUGCGGAUAUAUCUGGACUACGAGGCUGGGCGGCUGUCCUUUUAUGAGCUGUGUGACCCCAUCAGACACUUACACACCUUCACUGCCACCUUCACUGAGCCGCUUCAUGCUAUAUUCAGGGUAUAUGGGGGUAAUGCCUGGCUGAGAAUUUCAUGUAUUGAAUGA